GACUUUGAUCAACAACUUUUAAAUCCGGAGAUGUGUAAAGCCUUCAAGUCAUUCAUAUUACUGCACUCCGAUCGGCUGCCGGAUAUGAAUUCGGCAUUCAACGUUAUCAUACCGAUAAUAAUAGAUAAAAACGUAGAUGCAAUAUACCGGAUUUGGACGUCCAAUAAUAAUGUGGCAAAGGAAAAUUUUUCGACAACUAAUAAUAUUUUAAUGUGUGACUAUAAUUAUGUAUUCUUGUUUGCAAACAUUGUACUGGAGAAAUUUCCGAAUACUGUUGCCGUCAAAGACAUAAACAGCAAACUAAGUCGUUGGCUCUCGCAAGCUCCAGACAGAAAAGGCGGCAGAAAAGAACGCCUUAAGGGCAUGUGA